AAAAGACGAAAAACCAGGCGAGGACCACUGACAAAUUCUCUGAAAGCCUUUACCCGCAUCCUAAUGAACGCUCUUGUUGAUUCAUUCUGCCUUUCUGCAUGUACAGUCGACAUAUACGUAUGUAUACAUAGGGAUGUAUGUGAACGAGAUGUGCCUGACGUUUAGCUCUUUCUUUCUAUGCAGCUUUACAAGAUUGAAUAGUAAUUAGCAAUUUCCGGGAUCACAUAAUUGUAAUUGAAAAUCUAGUUAAUUAGAAAUUUCCCUAUUUCUUAAUUAACUUAAAUUAAACGCAACCUGAAAUAAUGUACGAUAAUCUUAAAUGAUUUAAGAGUACUACCUCGUCUCUUACAGAGUAAUAAAUCAUAAAUCAAAAAUUUAUAAAAUCCGCGCCACAAAAGAAUGCCCAAAAAACUCGAUAACAAUUAAAAAAUUGAUAGUUGUACCGUCUUUAAUGAUGUUGAUCGCGUCUUCGAUAUAUAGAUUAAAAACUGCAACAAAAUUUUUAUGGUAAUCAAGGUACUUUAUAGCAACUAAAGCAAAGACGUACGUAUGCAUAUGCGUAUAUAUUGUCCAUUAAUUUUUAACUGAAUCCAUUAGGAUGAUAAGAUGAUAGCUUUUUAUACUCUUCUUUUUUCUCUAUAAAGAGAAGUUUUUCUGUCCUCAAUAAACCCCAGUUCCGAUAGAUAAUUUUAUCUAAUGAUUUUAGUGGAGUAUCUUUCAGUCUUCAGUAAGGUCGGGGCAAUUUUUCAUCAGUUUAUGAAUAUAUUAAUUUAGAGAACGAUUGAAUCGCGUAUCGGUUUAAUUCGUUAUUUACCGGAAAAGUUAUCAUACUUUAGCUCAUAAGGUUCACACUGUUUCAGGCUUUAAUCUGUUUAAUACUGUGUAAGUUGUAUCUUGCAUAGUAAUACGUGUUUUAUUACAAUGUUAACUUGGCUGUUAUUGGUGUUAGCUACAGUGGCAUUUGUUUUAAUAUUAUUAACAAUGUAUUGGUGUUACGUGAAUUACAAUUACUUUUUCAAAAUGAAAAAUUUGCCAGGUCCAUCACCGUUACCUAUCCUGGGCAAUGCAUUAUAUUUUAAAGAAUUGGAUGGCUUCUUAAACACGUUAUUGAAAUUGAAAAGCAAAUAUGGAUCGCCUUUUAAAAUCACAAUUGGUUUUCAAUACCCCUGGGUAAUUAUUUCCGAUUCCAAGUUUAUGACAUUCUUUCUGUCUUCGAACAAGUACAUUACCAAGUCGCAGGAUUAUAAUUUUUUUCGCAGUUGGUUAGGAGAUGGGCUGUUGACAAGUACAGGUAAACAAUGGAAAAUUCAUAGAAAAAUUCUAACCCCUGCUUUCCAUUUUGAUAUACUUGAAAAAUUCUUGGACGUAUUUGAAAAAAACGUUGAGAUUAUGCUUAAUAGGUGGAGAAACGAAAUCGGAACAACAAAUUUUGACGUGUUUCCUUUUGUAAGAUUACUCACUUUGGAUAUAAUUUGUGAAACAGCGUUAAGAACGGAAAUAAACGCCCAAAUUGACAACAAUUCGGAUUAUGUCCGAUCAGUUCAGUUACUGAAUAGGAUUCUGAUGGACAGAGCCCUUAGCCUAUUUUUGUGGCAUGACUCAAUUUACAUGCACAGCGAUCAUUCGAUUAGGGAAAGAAGUGCCGUUAAAAUCAUCAAUUCUCUAACCGACUCGGUCAUUAAACGGAGAAAAGAAGAAAUUGAAAAUCAGUGGGACAGUCACGUCGAAGACUCGGGGGAUGAAAGAAAACUUGCCUUUCUAGAUUUGCUUUUGCAAGCUGAGGCGGAUGGCGAGCGAUUGUCUGACAUCAGCAUAAGGGAUGAAGUGAACACGUUUAUGUUUGAGGGUCACGACACCACCGCUUCUGCGAUCAGCUUUAGUUUAUACAAUAUUUCCCAACACCCUGAAGUACAAAAGAAAAUUGUAGAAGAACUAAACACAAUUUCCAAUAAGGGUAACAACAGCGGUCACUUUACUUAUACGGACUUGCAAGAAAUGAAAUACUUGGAAGCAGUAAUAAAGGAAACAUUACGAAUGUAUCCACCUGUUCCUCUCUUUGGUAGAUUGGCAACUGAAGACAUACUAUACGAGGAUAAAGUUAUACCUAAAGACACAAAUAUCACAUUGUUCGCAUUCGGUUUGCUUAGAGAUCCGGAACUAUUCCCGGAACCUGAAAAGUUUCUUCCAGAACGAUUCCUCGGUAAUAAGGUUAAAGCAAACAACCCAUUUACGUAUGUUCCUUUUAGUGCUGGACCACGAAAUUGCAUUGGUCAAAAGUUUGCUAUGUUAGAAAUGAAGUCGACAAUAGGGCACAUUUUAAAACGAUACGAAUUGCAUCCUGCUGAUGGAAACUUCCAACUUAACUUGAUAUCUGAAGUAAUAUUAAAGUCCACAACAGGAAUUAAAUUAAGGAUAAAGAGACGUUUGUAAUUAAAACUUUUAUUAUAUAGCGAUAUUUCGAAAAUUUUCUGUAUUUAUGUAACUGUAG